AUAAGGAAACCAUUGUCUUUAUCAUCAGUGAUAUGAAAAAAAAGAUUGUGACAAGGAGAGAUAUAAUCAAAAACCAAACGAAUUCUCUUUUCGCAUUACUACUAAACGAUGGUAAUAUCAAACGAGAUGAUGACCAUGUUUUUGAGGUUCCGCUUAACCUGAAGUUUCUGAAUGAAAUUGAACGUGCGCUUCAAGGCCGUGAAGUGAUUACUGAAUAUAAAAAUAAAGAUCUUAAAAAUGAGUUGUAUUUCUUUACCAGUGGAGUAAAUAUCGAACUACUUUUUGAAUCAGAAGAUUUAUGUUCAUGUG